AUGGCAAGUCUCGGCAAGGGGAAACCCAAAGCUAAAACUAAAUAGAACAGCCUCAUAUUUUCAAUAAUAUCGACUAGAAAUAAUACAUAAUGUUUCGAUGUGGUGAUAAGCGGUGUUAACAGUUAAAUUUAAUGCAUAUGACUGACGUUUCUGUUUAAAAAUGUGAUUAUAUAAACCGUCGUUUUAUUUCAUUAACAUACAUUGUAUUUCAGAUUAGUUCAACCUGAAGACGCCUUCCGCCAUGAACAGGAAAUUAUGCAAAUGACAUUCGAGACUUUACUACGUGAUUUUAUUAUUCUGCAUAUAUUAUCAUAAAAAAAUUAUAGUAUACAUUUAUAAAUUAUUCUUCAUUUAUAUUAUUUAUGUUAAGAAUAAAAAAACUUAAAAAAUAAAAAUAUUUUUAAAAUUCCUUUUCUUGAACUUUGACCCCAGGUUACAGGUUGACCUUAAAGUUUAAGGUUGUCUACAAAGGGAAAUACGUAAAAAACAAAAUGUUGUCAACAACCUCUAAUGUUUUGAAAAGGUACAUUUAUGGAAUAUGCAUUUUUAAAUAUUUUGUUUAAAUUGAUGAAGCUCAUAAGGCAUAAUCAGAUAGUACCCUUACAUUUAUGUCUGAACUAGAUACUGCAUAAAAUGCCCGUGCUAGUAGUAACUAGUACUACUACUUGAGUAGUAGUUAGUAGUACGUACUAGUACUAGUACUAGUAAUAAGAAAACCAGUUAAUAACUGCCAUGUCCCAUGUUUUAUAUCAAUCAGUAUCAGUCACAAUUAUGCCAAUAUUGAAUACUAAUAAAUUAUAAUGAUAAUAAUACUUAUUAAGUUAUACUGACAAAUACUCACCAUUGGUAGGUAAUUUCACCGAAAUUGUAUAAUAUUGUCAAUAUUAAUAAUAAUAUUAUUAUUAUUGUCAUUAUUGAAUUUAUUGUCUUGACUGAGCCAUUCAUUAAUGAUAAAUUUAAUCAUUAAGUAUGAUAAAGUCAUAAAUUAUUUAUUUAAAUGAACGACCAUUCUCUUCUCAGUCCUAAUCGACCAUUCUCUUCUCAGUCCUAAUCAGCAGUCAGCCUAUAGACCUUGCCUUUUCAAAGCACAGAGACAGCUCUCGAGAGAGUCAGCAGUGACCUCUUGCUGGCAUUGGAGAGCGGUAAUGUCUCCAUCCUGAUCCUCUUAGAUCUCAGUGCCACCUUCGAUACCUUUGACCAUCAAACCCUUUUCAAAACCAUUGAACUUGAAAGUAACUUUGGAAUUUAUGGUUCAGUUUUGGCUUGGUUUCAGUCUUACCUCUCCGAUAGAAUGCAAAUGCUGGCGGUCGCUGUUGUUGGCUGUCUCUCCGGUAGUGCUGACUUGGCUUGUGAAGUGCCACAGGGGUCCUUUUUGGGCCCGGUCCUAUUCACAAUGUAUACCAGGCCACUGCUCGGAAGGCAUGCAGUUGAGAGCCAGUCAUUCACAGAUGACAUGCAGCUAUACAACCACACCCAUCCCUCUCUUGUCAGCUCCGCUAUCCACACCUUGCAGGAGUGCAUUGGUGAUGUCAAGUCAUGGAUGACUCUCAGCAAGUUGAAGCUGAACGAUGACAAAAUAGACAGAAUAAAAUUCCUCUUUCACAAUCAUGAAUCAUCCUCUACCUCAGCUCUCCCCAUCUCGUUUCAUGUAGGUAGCUCCAACAUACAGUUCACAUCCUCUACUUUCUUGAUGGGUACAUUCUUGAUGACAACAUGUCUCUCAAUAAUCAUAUUUCUCACAUCUGUUGCUCUAAUUACACUGCUAUUUGUCAGAUCAGCUCCAUCCGCCACUACCUCACAGUUAGCGCAACAAAAACACUAGUCUGUGCUCUUGUUCUCUCUCGUUUGACUAUUGCAACCCUCUUCAGUCAGGUUCACCAAAACACUUCAUAGAAAAAUUUCAAAAAGUUCAAAACUCAGAUGCUAGAUUAGUUCUUAAGGCAAAGAAACAUGAUCACAUCACUCCACUACUUCACUCACUUUAUUGGCUCACUUUACAGGCAUGCAUUGAUUGCAAGCUGUCUGUUCUGUCACAACUUUUUCUCUGGUUCCUGCCCUUCCUAUCUUACUGAACAUCUUUCUGUCUAUUCACCCCUUCGACAGCUUCAUUCCUCUGCAGACACGCAUAUUCUUUCUGUUCCCUAGACACACAUUAAAACAUUUGGUGAGCGAUCUUUCUCUUUCUGUGCCCCCAAAUAAUGGAGUUCUCUCCCAUUACACAUCCGCAAUAUACCGACCAUCCAAGCCUUCAAAACUGCACUCAAGACACAUCUCUUCAAACUCUACUAUUCGGACUCAUUCUCACCUGCCUCUGACUGAUAAAGAAUGCUCAAUGCUACUGGGUGCCAUCCAUGGCUAGACAGGGGUAAAUAGUACCUGGGUGAGCAAGGUCAAUAAUUUUAAAAAGCUGUUUUUACAUGAAUAAUUUUUUAUGUAACUGUUUUUAAUGUCAUGAUUCUUUUUUUCUUUUUUGCUAAUUUUUAUGUUAACCGUGGUGAACCUAGCCCUAGGCUGGGGUACAGCACUAUAUAAGACCACUUUAAUAAUAAUAAUAGUAAUAGUAAAUACUUAAUAAAUCUAUGUAGUUUUUGAGUAUCAUGUUUAUUUUUGCAAAUUUUUAUGUGAAGCGCUGUGAGCUCAUCCCCAGGCUGGGGUACUGUGCUAUAUAAGACCACUGUCUUAAUUAUUAUUAAAUACUACUGUUAUAGCACUACUAGGAUCUAGUGGUCAGCAGCCUUGAAGAAAUCUUCACAGAUUUGAAGAUCCCCCUAUCUGCAUCGACCAGAUCAUAGAAGCAUUUUUACCCCAGGGGUGGCGUGGUAGAUCAUAGUGAUCCGAAGUAGGAAAUCCACCCAUUACCAUGUAAAAUCUAAAUUAAAGGAAGCUAUUCCUCUGUCGUUUCCUGGCAUAGCCUGAUGGUUCUCCCACUCCGGUCUAAGCCUAUACUAAUAAAAUACUAUACUGAUACUAUUAAUUACUAUUUUAAGCACUUUUAUAAUUAAUAGCCAUCCAUAAAUAGGAUAAUAAUAACUGUACCUAGACCUAUAUUCUAUGUGUAACAUGUAGCCUAUGCUCAAUUUUAGUAAUAUCAUUCUCCCAAAUGAGUAUUAGUAAUGACACUAAUGAGAGAAUAAUUAUUAUUAUUAUUGCUAUUACUAUUAUUAUUAUUAAACUAUUAUUGAUUCAAUUCAGUACAACCGAUAAAAUAUGCAGGCCCAGACUCACAAACAUUAUUAACCUAAUUUGAUAUAUAUAAUUAUUUUUGUUAAUCAAGGGACUGACUAAACAAAUCCGAAAUUCACCGGACUACAUUAAACAAACUAAAAUUAAUAAAAACUCUUUAAUUUUCUCAUUCACUAAAUGAUUCCACUGUGAAAAAAAAAUCAUUCAUUGUUUAGUGUAGAUAUGUCCAGCUGUCAGAGUGUCACAUACAUACAGGCCUACAUUGAAAUUUCCACUUGGUUCAAAUAUUUGUUUUCUCCAAGUCCAAAAGUUCUUUUUAAGUGGGUCUGAUUUAUCUGAACAAAAUAUAGAGUUAUCCAUAAAAAAAAAAAAGACUUCAUCUGGGGGAGGAGGCAUUGCUUGUCAACCUGUGGGAUCAAAAAAAUGCAAAAGGUUUUUAAAAAACAGUUCAACACUAUGAAAAAAUGUACAGAAAAAAUAAAAAGUCGGAAAAGGUAUAUUUUAUCACCUUUUUAUCAAUGUUUAAAAUCAUGAAUAAAAAUGAAUAGUCUCCACUUCACUGCGCACACAUUUAAGCUUGUUUACUUCAAUCAUAAAUGGAAAUAUUCCAUCUACUAAAUGAAAAUAGCUUGUUAGAAGUUCUAUUUUUUUUCAAAUUCUCAGGGUAUUUUUAACACUGAUCAAUUGCACUUUUAUUAAAAUGGACAGAUGCUGAAUUUGAAAUCAAUUCCUGUAUAAAAUUAACGAAGUAAAAGAAAGUUAGUGUCUCUCUUGACAAAGUUGUUGAGUUUAUCUUCAAUGACUAAUCCUGAGGGAUUAAGCCAUGCUGUUGUAAUAAAUAGGAAUAAUGAAUAAUGUUAGUCAUUGAUUGAUACUAAUAUUAAAUAUCUUUAAUUAUCUAAUACUAAUAUAAAUUAAAAGCACACUUAAUUAAUACUACAGUUAAGAAUUAAACAAAUGUAUUUGUAACGACAGUUUUCUACUCAAAGUAAUUAGUACCAUACUACGAUUAGGUAUUAAUAAUGAAUGAUAUCAAUGAAACUUCGCUGUUUCUAAAUUUAGAUGACCCACCAAUCUUCAAUUUGGUCAUUUUGAAUGGACAUUUGGGAUUUAAGCUUCUUUUUGUCCAACAUUAAAUUUAUUGCACCACCAGUUUUGAAAAUGUGUCUUGUGCAAAAAUACUAGUCUAAAUCCAGUGAAAAACUGUAGAAAAGCCAGUGCAGCCCUACAACUUGACAUAGUAUAAAAACUGUGCUAUGUGCAGAUAAGCCAUAGAUCUACCGGUUGGCAUGCUUUAUGGGAGAAAAAAAAAGGAGUGGAGGGGAUUUUGUGGGUCAUCAUUUAUGAUGAGAGUUUCUAUAUUUCUUUGCUUAUUUGGGAUGGUUGAAUAUAUGUAGCUCUAUAUCAGUAAUACUCCUUUAAUACAAACUAAAAGGAGAAAUGAAUUUAACUGUCCUUAUUUUAUUUGAUGGGAAAGGCCAACUAAAUCUGCAAUGUCAUGAACCUAUAUUAUUGAAGUAAAAAUUGUUCAGCCAAGUCAUUAAGUUGAUUAAGCUAAGGUUGUAGCUUUUAGUUUCUUUUUUUUUUUUUCCAUUACAGAUGUCUUGGAGGGUCAGUGAUUCGUCUAAAGCACACUCUCCCAGAUUUAAAAUAUGACUUUAAUGCCUUGGAGCCCUACAUCUCUGCUGACAUUAUGAAACUUCAUUAUGAAAAGCACCAUCAAACAUAUAUCAAUAAUCUCAAUGUUACUGAAGAAAAGCUGUCUGAAGCUGUUUCGAAAAGUAAGUGAUUCAUUUUUAGGUUUUAUUCAUUUUUGUUGUGUGCAGAAAUUUAAAAGACACUCAAAACAUCUGGAAUGUCAUUAUGAAAAACACUACCAAACUUGGCAAAGGAUAACGCUGAUGUCACAGUAUAAAAAUGGUUCCCAAAGUUGCACCGCGUCACCCAGUGGAGACCAUGAUGAAAGGGGUCAUCUUCCCUGGUGCCAACACCAAAGACUUCCCAGGAAAUUUCACAAUCCCAUGUAUUCCCAUGAAUCCUGGGUACACACUUUUACAAUACAAUUUUUCUGGUGUUUUUUUUAAAUUUCAGCAAGUCACAGAUUGUCACAAAUUGUCACUACACUGCAAUACCUGUAAAAUAUAGUUAUCUGCUCUGAAUUACUAAGCUCGGUAACUCUAGUUCACAGAUUCUCAAGUGUUUUCAAGUCACGAUUACAUUUAUAUAGAAGCAAAGUGACCCAUACCACGAUAUAUUGGAGAAAAAGGGCUUUAAAUAUGUUAAACUCUUGAAAAGAAAAUUAUUAAAACUUAAUUAUCCAGUAGGCCUAUAAUGUAACUUAAGACAUAUUUAAUGCCAUGAUAUAACUUAUAACUCAAAUGUUAAGACACUGAUAAAAAAAAACUAUUUAAAAAUCACUACUUUUGUAAGUCUAUUGUUUCAGCCGACAACCCCACAUAAAGCCCUUCACAACCCCUUUGAGGUCACCUCCCAUACGUUGGAAACUUGUGCUUUAGUACCUUGAUUAUCCCAAGAUUUUCAUGUGUCAAACUACCUUUAUAUUAUAUUGUGUUUUGUUUUUUUUUUCUAAAAUUAACGUAUUAAGACAUACAUUUAUAGAGACAUUUAUUAACAUUUCUAAUUGAUUUUUGUCAAAAGGAACCCUUUGUUACAAAUUGUUAGAAACAUUUGUUUGUAAAUGUUUAGAGACAGAUCGAAACUUAGAACUAGCAACCUUUAAAGAAUGCAAAACUCAGAAAGUGUUAUGGAUUUUUUCUACAGGAAAUUAUAUCCAACUUUAGCUUAAUAAGUCUGUUAUUAGAUAUUUAUCCAUUACAAGAGAUAAGCCAUGGAAAAAGAAGCAACUAGUAACAAGUGACCAAGCUGUCAACUAACCUUAAGACUGUUUUCUUAUUCAUUAAUAGACAAUUACAAUUUAACAACUAGUGACAUCAGCUCCUUUAUUUUAAUUUAUUUAAUAAUAUAUUUUUAAUUUUAUUAAUUUUAUCCCCUGAUUUACCUGAUAAGCAAAACCCCCGGAAAAUGAGAAACCCUAGCAGCCAGUUCACUUUUGAAAACACAGGGCAAUAUUAUGACAAUAAUUCCUACAAAACAUUGGAUGAGAAUUAAAGCAUUAGAGAUGUAUAAAUGGGAUAUUUAUGGACUGUCAUGAUGUCAGGAAAAUUAUUGCAGAAUUGUGAAAAAUUGGAUGUACUUUCUGCCAUGACACCCACCCCCCAACCGACCAUAAGUACAUGUAUGCAAAAUCUCCAAAAUUGACAUCAUCUCACCCUUCACUUCAUACAUACUAUAAUUAUGGCCCCUUAUCAAUAAUCUCAAUAAAUAAAUAUAGGAUUUAAAAUGGCUGAAACUGUAAAAAUAUAAUAAGCUACUGCAUCUAAUAUCAAUAAGUAAAUUUUAACAUAUUUUUUUCCUUUGUUACCUUAUGAAAUAUGUUUCUCAUGCUUACUGCAAUGAAACAUUUUAAUUUUUUUUUAACUUGGCCUUUGAAAAUAAGGGGUAAUAAGGGGAGAGACUGCAAUCAGGUUAGUACAAAAUAAAAUGAGUAAAACAGAGUAUGGUUAAACCUGAAAAAUUAAACGCAACAAAACAGCGAACGUGGCGGCAGAAAGCACACUUCUAUUGCUGCCCACAGAUACUACUUACCAGCUAAGUGCUAUUUCUUAUUUUUAUAACGUUUUUUCUGUUGUUUUGUUCGCUGACGAAGGCUUUCUGCCGCCACGUUCGCUGUUUUGUUGCGUUUAAUUUUUCAGGUUUAACCAUACUCUGUUUUACUCAUUUUACUUUGAAAAUAAGUUUUACUGAAAAAAUCACCUGUUAAUUUCUUUACUUUAUCGCUUUGAAAAUGCAUGUCAAAUUCCAUAACUAAGUUAUAAAAGAAAAAGAAUCCAAAAUAAAUGUGUGUGAAAAACUGUACUUCAUGUGCAAAAGGAUUGAUGGUGAGUGCGCAAUUGAAUUAAACCUCUGUAAAAUCAGUAUAAGGCUCUUUGGUUUUCAUUUACUGCCUAAUAAUUAACUUUAUUUCUUUCAGAGGACAUUACCACCAUUAUCAACCUCCAACCUGCACUGAGGUUCAAUGGUGGUGGUCACAUUAACCACAGCAUAUUCUGGCAGAACCUGAGCCCCAAAGGGGGCGGCGAGCCAACCGGUGAUCUCUUGCAGCAAAUUAAAGAAGACUUCAACACAUUUGAUCAAAUGAAGAAAGAACUGGUUGCCGCUUCUGUUGCAGUUCAGGGUUCAGGGUGGGGAUGGUUGGGCUACAGUCCUGUCAAUGGACGACUUCGCAUUGCUACCUGUUCCAAUCAGGACCCAUUGGAAGCCACUACAGGUAAUAUGGUUUUCAAAAUCUUUGAAAAUCCAAUCCAUGGUUUUUUUUUUAUUAAUAAUAAUUUUAGUGCAAAUGUCAUAAGGAUUUCUUCAAUUUUUUUAAAAAUUAUUUCAAUAAAUGUAAUUGCUGCAUACUUUAAAAUUGGACCUGCCAAAUUGUACAGAUUAAUCAUGCAUAAUUUUAAUUUUUUUUUUUUAAAUGUGAAUUAAACAGCACCAACCAAUCAGUGUGAAGACUUGUCCAGUGAGCUCUGUCUAAAUAUAAGUAACCUUUGCUGGUGUGUUGUAAUAGGAAAAAAUAGCCAUAAUGAACACAUCGGUUGCACCAUUGGGGUCUCUUCUAUUGAAGUGAAAAGAGAUGGCACUUGCUUGACUUGGAAAAUGUUUUCUAGGUGUUCACUGAAACUAUCAGCAAGUUGCCGUCCAGUCUCUCCUACAUAGCACUUUAAGCAGAAUCCAUCUCUUAUUUGAAAACAAAAGUUAGGAAUGUCAAUUUUUUGGGUUUGAAUGGUGUAAGAACAGGUGUGACCUCAUGGUUUAGUUCCAAAAUUAAAUAGAAUUUGAAUAGUGCAAAAAUUACUAUAGACUGUAUGUAUUGUUACGUAUGUUACAAUCUCCUUUACUUUUACCAACUUUUUACCUAUGAUUGUUAUACACCCCUGAUAUUAUUGUACACCUAUGGAUAUUUUUCCAGCGGCAAUACUGUUCCAUUAAUAGUUUACCUGAAGGGUAUAAUCCAGAAUUAUAAUUUAUGCACAUUGAAAGCCUUGUCGACCAACUAUCCUUCACAUAAGAAGUGAAGUAUAGCUCAUGUUCUUGAGGGUCUCGUGAAAUAGCUCACAAGUAUCGGCGUUAUUUAUUUCCCGGCUAAAUUGAUUUCACUCAUUUUUGGAAGAUACCAUUAUGAUCCUCAUGGGGAGCAAAAGUGUCAACAGUCGAAUUAGUUUCCACCAAUACUUAAAUGGCGUUCUUAUCACAUGAUACAAUUAUGGCCCUCUCCCCCCCUCCUCUUUUUGUCUUCAAGUGAUUGUCUACUGACCCUUCUCUAUAUAACCUAAUGUUUGUGGAUCAGGUCACAGAGGGAUGUUGUACCCACUUGCCACUGUGUGUACCCACUUCCCACUGUGUGUACCCACUUUCCACUGUGUGUACCCACUUCCCACUGUGUGUACCCACUUUCCACUGUGUGUACCCACUUCCCACUGUGUGUACCUUUUGUUGUGUGUUUAGUUCAGUUAUUCUUAAACCCAAUGUUUGUAUUAAUCUCCCUUUGCACUUAAGAACUAUUCAUAAAUUUUAUUGUGGUGAUUCAUAUUUUCUGACAUAGGAAUUGUGAUUUGUGCUCUUUGAACUCAGAAUUAUGGAUUAUCUUAGCAUGACUGGUGUUCUCAUCUUCAUAUAUCUUGUAAAGGUAAUUUUCUUAUGCAGGUUAUUGUAAAACAACAUAACCCACGGUUUUUUUUCCUCCAUAUAUCACCUAACAUAAAAUUGCCCAAUUUUUUUUUUUUCCUUUACAGGAUUGAUCCCUCUUUUUGGUAUUGAUGUGUGGGAACAUGCUUACUACCUCCAGUACAAGAACGUGAGAGCCGAUUACGUCAAUGCUAUCUUUAACAUUGCAAACUGGAGUGAUGUCUCUGAAAGAUUAGCCAAGGCACGAUUGCGCUGAAGCCAGAAGUGAUAUUAAAUUUUAUAAUGUUAAUUGGCUUGGUGAAUCUCACUGGCAGAAAACAGAUUUCGUCUGAAUGUUUUCUAACAUUUAUUGGUACAAUUAUUAGAAUUACAAUGUAAGCAGAACUCAGCUGUGUUAAGUUUAGUUUUUGAAGAUUAACUGAAUACAUUUUUUAGUUCGUUUGUCUUUGCAGUUUUGUUUUUUGAACAUUAUAUAGCCUAAGUAUGUGAUUAUAGUAAUUGUGUUUUCAUUGUGCUGAAAUUCAAGAAUUAAACUUUUUAAGCCAAAA